AUUUCUUACUACGAGAGUCGUUUUUUUUUAUUCUAACAAUGAAAAAAUAGAGUCAACAUUUUCGCAAACAAUUGAGAAAAAAUAGUGGUAUUAUAAAUUAAUAUGAACAUAGCUAUCAUAAUAUAAUAUUGUUCUGUACCUAACAUUUAAUUCGACUCAACACAAUAUCUAAGUUUAUUUUGUAAGUCUUUCAGCCAGCGCUUUCUAUAAUAUUAUUUACAAUGCAUUUUUCUUGGUAGGUUCCAAUAAUAAAUUAUUAUCUCAUACCAUAAUCUUAAUAAAUUGUCAGUUACACAUGAUACUCACCAGACGUUACAACGCAAUUACAAAAUAAAACAAAUGUUUUGACGUAUCCGUAACAACAGGAAUUUGGCCAAAUUAUAAAGUAAACAUUGAUAUAAAUGCCAGUAAACAAGGUCGCUAAAAACAUGUGGCAGCCGUCUUUAACGUUUUAAAAUAUAUAUUUUGUUAUCAUAUUUUUCAACAAUAGCCAUACCAUACUGAUCCUUUUCUAUCCUAAUUAUUAUUAUUUUUAUCAAAAAAACUACAUUUUAUGACCUCAUUACAACAAGACAAUUAUUAUUGUAAAUUAAAUACCUGAUCACCGCUCCACUCCACCUUGCCGGACUCUAAAAACUUUUUAUUUCAAAUUUCGUUUAGAAAUGUAUUCAACAGGCUUCAAUGAAAUAAAGACAAAAAGUGGUUUAUUUACUUUACUUGAAUAUUAAAAAUACAACCUAUCAUGAUAUUACUUUGCUAGAAUAAAUAUAGCAUUAAAAAAAAAACUUAACAAUACGUUAAAGAAACGAAACAUGAAACACCUGAGCGUUGUUUCCGAACGUCCCUAAUGUCAUGUCAAGUAAAAUGUGACGGGUGCCCCAUGUUUUGCCUUUUAUAAUUUACUUGUUGAUUUUAUUAUAAGAAUUCAAUGAGAAUUUCGUGAACAUUUACUAUAUCGUAGCGGGGACAGAAAUGUUAUAGUUUUAUAAGUGCACACAGUGUUGGCGACUCGACGUAACGCUUUCACGGCCGCCGAUUGUUCAGGACUCGCAUGAUGAGUUGACGGACCUCUGACCAUAGCUGGAUAUAGUUCGCGAUGGCCAGCAGUAUACUGGAGUUCCUGGGCAUCAUGAGGUCGCCUCUGGCCCAGAGCAAAAUGGAGCGGGUUCGUUACGGGGAGCCCCGCCGCGGCAUGGAGGACGACGUGACGUUCCUGUUCCAGCUGGGCGUGGUCCGGGACGCGGUGGCGGCGCCCGCGCAUCUCCUCACCCUCGCUCACCUCAAGGACCUCGCCGUCAAGUUCGUGCACGAUAAGAUACCAGAUAAUGGUCUGAACCGUCUGUCGGACCGCAUCCUGCUGUUCCGGCACGACUACUGCUCCCCGAACGUGCUGCAGCUCAUCAACUCCGCCUCUGACGUCACAGAUGAGACCCUCGUCGAGAUCGUGCUUACUGCCAACCGUGAGUUGUUACCCUGUUAUUCCUGCAGCCCUGCUAUGCGACGGCGGCGGGAGGCGGCCCCGGUGCCGCGGCCGCACGCUCUGGCGGUGCACUCCUACAAGGCGCCCACAUUCUGCGACUUCUGCGGGGAGAUGCUGUUCGGUCUCGUCAGGCAAGGCCUCAAGUGUGAAGGUUGCGGGCUCAACUACCACAAGCGAUGCGCGGUGAAGGUCCCAUCGAACUGCACGUCGCCGGUGACCGCGGGGGGCGCGGCGGGCCCGGGGGGCGCGGCGGGCCCGGGGGGCGCGGGGGGCGCGGGGCCCGCCAUCCCGCACACCUUCGAGGUGCACUCGUACACGCGCCCCACCGUGUGCCGCCACUGCAAGAAGCUGCUGCGCGGACUGUUCAAGCAGGGCCUGCAGUGCAAGGACUGCCACUACAACGCCCACCGCAAGUGCAUACCCUUCAUACCCAAGGACUGCGGCAGCGAGCUGAGGGACAUACACAGCGAGUACCAGGACAGCAGUACAGGCAGCGAGCUGUCCGAGUCGGUUCGGUUGCUGGACGACGAAUCCGACGACGGUGGUAAUGAAGCUGCUGAGAGCGCUACUGGAGAUGAUGGCGAGGUGCAGCUGCGGCGCCGCGCGGAGGACGAGCCGCAGCGCGACACGCUCCCGGAGCGCGCGGCCAGCCGCCCCAGCAGUGGAUCUGACUGGCCCGCACGUUGCAGCUCGUCGUCCUCGCCCAGCGCCAACAUCCCGCUCAUGAGGAUCGUGCAGUCCGUCAAGCACACCAAGAAGAGGGAGGGCCAGUGGCUCAAGGAGGGCUGGCUCGUGCACUUCACUAAUAAGGAUAAGACGAUAAAACGUCACUACUGGCGGCUGGACAGCAAGUCCAUCACGCUGUUCACCUCGGAGCAGGGCAGCAAGUACUACAAGGAGAUCCCGCUCAACGAGAUCCUCGCCAUCGACACGGCGCGCCAGCGGCACUCAGACGUGAUGCACUGCUUCGAGGUCCGCACGGCCAACGUGGACUACCUGGUGGGCGUGGAGGAGGCGUGGGCGGGGGGCGCGCCGCCGCCGCCCGACGCGGGGCUGGGCGCGUACCUCGCGCGCUCCUGGGAGACCGCCAUCCGGCAGGCGCUCAUGCCCGUCACGCACCAUGCCGCGGAGUCCCGCGGCGGCGGCGAGGCGGAGGGCGAGGCGGGCACGGAGGAGCGCGUGACGGACAUGGCGCAGCUGUACCAGAUCUACCCGGACGAGGUGCUGGGCUCCGGACAGUUCGGCAUCGUGUACGGCGGCCUGCACCGCCGGACCAAGCGACCCGUCGCCAUCAAGGUGAUAGACAAGCUCCGUUUCCCGACUAAACAGGAAGCUCAGUUGAAGAACGAAGUAGCCAUCCUGCAGAACCUGUCGCACCCCGGCGUGGUGAACCUGGAGAGGAUGUUCGAGACGCCCGAGAGGAUCUUUGUGGUGAUGGAGAAGCUGAAGGGAGACAUGCUGGAGAUGAUCCUCUCGCAUGAGAAUGGGAGGCUCACCGAGAGGAUCACCAAGUUCUUGGUGGCACAGAUUCUAGUUGCGCUAAAGCACCUCCACGAGAAGAACAUAGUGCACUGCGACCUGAAGCCGGAGAACGUGCUGCUGUCCACGGACGAGGAGUUCCCGCAGGUCAAGCUGUGCGACUUCGGCUUCGCCAGGAUAAUCGGGGAGAAGUCCUUCCGGAGGUCCGUGGUCGGCACGCCCGCGUAUCUCGCCCCCGAGGUCCUCCGCAACAAGGGCUACAACCGUUCGCUGGACAUGUGGUCGGUGGGUGUCAUCAUCUACGUGUCGCUGUCGGGCACCUUCCCCUUCAACGAGGACGAGGACAUCAACGAGCAGAUCCAGAACGCCGCCUUCAUGUACCCGCCCACGCCCUGGAGGGAGAUCUCCGCUGAAGCGAUCGACCUGAUCAACAACCUGCUGCAAGUGAAGCAGCGCAAGCGUCUGUCGGUGGACAAGUCGGUGUCUCACGCGUGGCUGCAGACGCGCCAGGCCUGGGCCGACCUGCGCGCGCUGGAGCGCCGCGUGGGCGCGCGCUACCUCACGCACGCCAGCGACGACGCGCGCUGGAGCCCGCACUGACCAUCGUCGAACCGCGCGGACGGGGAACGCUCGUUCUGCGUCAUCUUCCAAUGGAAGAAGCUGCUCGUCCGCAUCAGGUAGACCCAGGGUCCAGCAUCAGCUGCAAGCGCUCGAUGUCACUCGGCCCGAACCUACCUUAGUACAAUCCGGAUGAAAUAAAACAGAAGCUGAGAAUAAUUAACUCAGGUUUGUCGAUCAAAGGUGUUACAUAAUAAGAUAGUUAAGAACUGCAUUUUAAAAGAAUGUUCACGUCGCAAAUGUUAACUAGCGUCAAAUUUUGCACUAAACACGUCAAGUGUAAAUUCAACAACCUCUCCUUAACUACUUUUACGGAUUUUAUCGCGGUUUAAUUUUAGAUUUUAAUUCCCGACGGCAGACUACCCGUGACCAUGAU